AUGUUAGUAAAUACAAACUCUAAGCUGCCUCAGAUACGUAGUUACUCUGGGAAGACACCGCUCGAGUCUGCUCUGGGACGUUUUACAGUUGGGCAGAAGGAGAUAGUUGAGUAUCUUUACUCUGUAACAAGAGACGAAGAGCCUAACCCAUUUGUGGGUAACGAGGGUGCUACGUUAUUAUGCAGGGCAAUUGUUGCUAAUUUCUACAAUCUAGCGUUAUGUCUUGUCAAUCGGUUUCCAGAAUUGGUUAUGGUGAAAUCAUCAGCAUAUGGUAUGUGUGGAUUGGAGUUGUUGGUACGGAGGCCGUUUGCCUUCAGAAGUGGAGCUAAGAUGACAUGGUGGCAGGACCGCAUUUAUUCAGUGCCUUCUAUCAAAAAAUUGUACAAGAAGAAAUUGAUGCACGUACAAGCAACAUCAUUACUUGAACAAAUGUUAUUGGAAAUUGAUAUUGGGAAUGAUUCUCUUGAAAUUAGAUCGUUUUUCAAUAAUAACUCCAAUAUCAUUAAGGUAGCUAUUAAGCAUGGACUCGUAGAAUUUGUGGUGGGUCUUUUGUGGCAUUUCAGUUACCUAAGUUUUAAUAGAUUACCGCAUCAAAGGAUGAUAGAAAUGGCAAUUGAAGAACGUAACGAAACGAUACUGAAUCUCACAUGUGAUUGCGCCGAACGUCGUGGAAAUAAAACUAAUUUGGUUUCUAGAACAGAUUCUGAUAACAACACCAUCUUGCAUUAUGCUUCCAAGCAGGCGCCUCCUGCUCAACUCAAUAUGAUAUCAGGAGUAGCUCUUCAGAUGCAACGAGAACUUCAGUGGUUUCAGGGGGUGGAACGUAUGAUGUCGGAAUGUGAUAGGUGGCAGAGGAAUAAGAAUGGAGAUACUGCUCAGUUUAUAUUUCAAGUGGAACACAAGGAUUUGCUAAAGAAAGGAGAGGAUUGGAUGAAAGAUACCUCUGGGUCGUGCAUGAUAGUAGCUGCCCUAAUUGCAGCGGUGGCAUUUGCAGCUGCAUUUACUGUUCCAGGAGGUAAUAUCAGUGAUACUAAUAGCACUAAGAAUGGCACCCCAGUUUUCUUACGAGAAAAUUCUUUUACCGCGUUCGUCGUAGCAGAUGCCUUAGCCCUCUUUGCUUCAAUAACCUCAGCACUAAUGUUUUUAGCUAUAUAUACUUCGCGAUAUGCAGAAAUAGAUUUUCUCAGGUCUCUACCACAAAAGUUGAUCAUAGGUCUUUCAGCCCUUUUUAUAUCAAUGGCCGCGAUAUUGGUAGCUUUUGGUGCAUCACUGUACAUCGUGGUUGGAGACAGAUUUGCACAAGCAACAAUUCCAAUAGCACUCUUUAGUUGUUGUCCUAUGGUUUUAUUCACUUGGUUGCAGUUACCAUUAUUUUACGAAAUGGUACGUUCUACAUACUGGGUCAGCGUCCUUCGAAAACAUAGAUAUAUCUCAACAUAG